GAUACGACCUUCCUAGACUUUUUCAAGUCCGACGUGAGUCGAAGGAGUACAACCGUGGUGAUGUUUACCUCAACGUGGCCGAUGCCUCCAACGUGGGCAAGAUUAUCCACCCUGAGAGACUGGCCGAGCUCAUCGCCAACUUCCGCAAGGUCAGCGGAAACUCUGCAAGGUUCUAUCUUUUCUAUGCUCAAGGUGGUGGCAACGAUAAGAAAUGGGCCCCCGAUUUCGUUCGUGUCUUUAAGGAGUUCAUCCUCAAGUACGGCAACCCUGAUAUGGGUAGUCUCGGUAUCAGCUUCCAAGUCAAGCUUGAUCUUGCUACGUGGUACAACAUAUUUGAUGCUUUCGAUGCGCUCAAGACUGACCCACAGUUCAAGCCCUACAACAUAGCCCUUGAUGUUACGAUGAACUAUUACAACACUGACAGGAGACUGGUGGACCAGAUUAUGUUCAGGGCUGAUCACGUUACUCUGCUUACCUUCGCCAACACCUCCCCGCGACUUAUCAACUUUUUCGUAGUCUUCCUGACCAAAAUUUGUCCCAACUGUAACAAUAACUACUAUCCCAAUUACAAGGCUAAGAUCACUUUUUUGGCCGAAG